UUUGCUGUGCAGAAUAGUACAGUCGGUGAAGGAUCUAAAACUGGAGAUAAAGAAUCAAAAACCAUUUCCAAUGAGCUCGCGUCUGCUAUAAACGAUGGACUUUACUUCUAUGAGCAGGAACUGAAAACCAAGAGAUCAAAUCGUAAAAAGAACAGCCCCAGCUAUGAAAAUAGAGAUGCAAACUCAAGAUUAUCAAACGUUGGCAAAGGCUUUUCAAAAUUGAAGCCUGGAGAAAUAUCUAACUGUAGUAUUGGCAUUGAAGAGUCUGGAAGUGCUAAUUCCCGGAAGAAGCAAAGUAAAAACUUCCAAAAUCAGCAGUCGUCCCAUAGACAGAGAUUCUUCUCAAGCAACUUUAGAAAUUAUGGAACUGCUCGGAACUCUCUAGGAAUCAUAUCAGAAAGUCCACCAAGUAACUCUGUUGGCUUUUUCUUUAGUUCCACGCCUCCUGAAAGUCAUGGACCAAGGUCUUCAAAAUUGAGUGUUUCUCCCCAUGGGUUUCUCUCGAGCAGUAGUCCACCAAUGGGUUCUGUGCCAAAGUCAUUUCCACCAUUUCAGCAUCCAAGUCAUCAGCUUCUAGAAGAAAAUGGUUUUAAACAACAAAAGUAAGGGAUGUAAUUUCGUAAUUUUGAUCUGCGUGCAUGCUUGUGUGUGUUGGAUACAGAAAGAGAGGAGAUAGAUAGAGAAAGGACGGGGGCA